AUUUAAAGACCCUGAGACAGAGAGAGACCUGAGUCCCUGACCCAUCGAGUUAUUGCGCCUCACACACAGAGAGAGCCUACUGGGUUUUCAAGUCUCUCUCUCUCUACACUCCUCUCCCUCUUAUCCUCUUCCAAAAUUGCUUCCUUUCUUUCUCCUUCUUUCUCCAUUUCUCUCUGUUUGAGACUUGGUUUGAAACUCUGAGAAGAUGACUGGGUUUUCUGAAGCUGAAAGCGUCACUCUUGACCUGCUCAAGACGAUGAUGGCUGAGUUUGCUAGAGAGAGAAACUGGGACCAGUUCCAUAGCCCCAGAAACUUGCUCUUGGCUCUGGUGGGUGAAGUGGGAGAGCUUUCAGAGAUAUUUCAAUGGAAAGGAGAAGUUCCAAAGGGCCUUCCUGGUUGGGAAGAAGAGGAAAAGCAACACCUGGGUGAAGAGCUCUCUGAUGUUCUGCUGUAUCUGGUCAGGCUCUCUGACAUUUGUGGUGUUGAUCUUGGCAAAGCUGCUCUGCGCAAAGUUGAACUCAAUGCCAUCAAGUACCCAGUUUCACAGAAACAGAACCAGACCAAUGGCACCAGCAGCCCCAACACAACUACCACCAUCAACACCAGCAAUGGUAAUAACCACACGGAGGAAAUCACUGGUUGAUUUCAAUGGCAGAUGGGCCACCACAUCACAUCUUUUACUUUCUGCAAGGUUGAUGUUAAUACUACUACUAUAUUUGGGUGCAUUAGGUUUUGUAAGGGCUAUGCUGGUUUGGGCAUAGGAGUGUAGCUUUUUGGGGGAUGGCCUUCAUUGCCCGAGUCAGACUAGUGUUGGUGGUGUGUUGGGCAUUUAUUCUCACAUAUUUUGUUAGUGUUUUUGGCUUCUGGGAAUCGAAUCCUCUGGCAGUUGUGAGAUACGGUCUUGAAACGAAUAUAUUUUCCUUUCCUGUUCAU